CUUUCGUCCGUGGAGGCAAAUUCCAAUAAUUGUCACACAAACAAUCUGCCACUCAUCCGACAGAACUGGAGUCUGAUAUUAUUCUAUUGGGCUUAUUCUAAUGAGUCAGACCUGCGUUGAGCGCUACUGAACCGAACACCUUGCCACACCACUGCAGGCAGAUUUGUACAAAACUCAUCGCGUUCUUAUUACUCACGAUCUCUUCUCCAAGCCGCUCGUUUUCGCACCUUUCAAAAAUUCAAAAUGCCUCCCAAGAAGAAGAACAAUAAGAAGGCGAAUGACGACUGGGAAGCCGAUCUAGGAGAGACGCCUGCAGCAGCUGCUGUCCCCACGCAAGAAAGCAACGAUACCCCCGCCGAGGCAGAUGCGGAGGAGGAGUUCCCAGCUGGAGGCCUUAUGGCUAUGAUGCGGAAGCGCGAUAAGAAGAAGAAAAAGGGAAAGCAAGACGAGGACUUUGUCGAAGGGGAGGAUCCAACACCUGCGGAGGAGACACCCGAUCUGUCCGAGAAGGCACCAGUGGAGGCAUCAAUAGAUGAUGAGUUCGCGCUACCAGACAAGAAGGGCAAAGGGAAGGGUGCGACUAAGCCUGCUCCAAAGGCAGAAGAGGAAGAUGCUGAGGGUGGAGACGAAGAGCGUGGCGCGGAUGGCAAGGUGUUUACGAAGGCACAAAAGGAGAAGCUAAAGAAGGAGCGUGAGAAGCAACGGAAGAAGGAAAAUGCUGCCAAGAAGAAGACAACAGGACCAGCUGCCAAAGCGACCCCAGAACCAGUGAAGGCUGCUGAGGUAAAAGCCGAAGAACCAACAGCUGUAAAGCCAGUUGCCGGUGGCAAGGGGAAGAAGUUACCACCAGCUCUUGCCAAGCUUCAAGCACAACAAGAGGAACUCAAGCGGCGCGAAGAGGAGAAAGCUCGACUUAUUGCUGAGGAGAAGGCUAGACUUGAGGAGAUAGAGAGACAAGAAGCAGAGGAGGAGAAGCGAAAAGAAGAGGCAAAAGCACUCAAGAAGCAAAAGGAGAAGGAGAAGGUUGAGCAACAAAAGAAAGAUGGCACAUAUCUCACAAAGGCUCAGAGAGAGGAGAAGCUUAGAAAUGAAAUGAAGUUAAAGCAGAUGCUUGCUUCAGGUGUGAAAGUUGGUGGUCUAGAUGGAGAACCAAAGAAGAAGCCCACGUAUGACAAUAAGAAGAAGAAAGGAGGUAGGAAGAACCCAGAUGAGAUCAAGGCCGAUGAGGAGAAAGCACUAGCUGAGGCAGCCGAGCGAGCAAAGCAAGAAGCCGAACGUAAAUUAGCCGAAGCUGCUGUAAAGGCAGAGAAGGAGGCUGCUGAAGCAGCGGCUGCUAAGGCAGCUGAGGAAAGUGAGCCAGAAGAUGAUUGGGAGGCUGCGGCUGCCGAAAGCGAAGAUGAUGUGAAGGAGAGCUGGGACGCUGACUCUGAAGAGGAACGAGAGAAAGCCGCCGCCAAGAAAGCUGCAGCUCCUGCGAAUGGCCAAGCUAUUCCAGUGCGUAGUAAACAAGAAGAAGAGUCCGAAGAAGAGUCCGAAGAAGAAGAGUCCUCUGACGAUGAGGAGACGACGGCACGACAAGCCGCUGAAGCUCAACGCAAGAAGGAAGCUGCAGACAGACGUGAGAAGGCACAUCAAGCCGCAAUGGCAGCACGAUCCAAGGAUAAUUUACGGUCACCUAUCUGCUGUAUUCUUGGCCACGUCGAUACCGGAAAGACAAAACUGUUGGACAAGAUUCGACAAACCAAUGUGCAAGAAGGCGAAGCUGGAGGUAUCACACAGCAAAUUGGUGCUACCUAUUUCCCUGUUGAAGCAAUCAAGCAGAAGACCCAAGUCGUCAACCGAGAUGGCAGUUUCGACUACAAAGUUCCCGGUCUGUUGGUCAUUGACACUCCUGGUCACGAGUCCUUCUCCAAUCUCCGCUCUCGUGGUUCGUCUCUGUGUAAUAUUGCCAUCUUGGUGGUCGAUAUCAUGCACGGACUGGAACCACAGACUCUAGAAUCGAUGAAGCUACUGCGAGACCGAAAGACACCUUUCAUUGUCGCAUUAAACAAGAUUGAUCGUCUCUAUGGCUGGAAGAAGGUAGACAACAAUGGUUUCCAGGAGAGUUUGGCACUUCAGAACAAGGGUGUACAGAAUGAGUUCGCAAAGCGACUGGAAGAGACUAAGGUUGCCUUUGCAGAGCAAGGUUUCAACUCUGAGCUCUACUACGAGAACAAGUCCAUGGCCAAAUUCGUCUCUCUUGUACCCACAUCCGCUCAUACCGGAGAAGGUAUCCCUGAUAUGCUCAAGCUGAUUCUACAACUUACCCAAGAGAGAAUGGUCGGAUCCUUAAUGUACCUCUCAGAAGUUCAAGCAACGGUACUCGAAGUUAAGGCUAUUGAAGGUUUCGGUAUGACCAUUGAUGUUAUUCUCUCCAAUGGUAUCCUUCGAGAGGGAGAUCGCAUCGUUCUUUGCGGUGUAGAAGGUGCUAUCACGACAAACAUCAGAGCUCUCCUCACUCCUGCGCCAUUGAAGGAACUUCGACUGAAGUCGGCAUAUGUCCACAACAAGGAGGUCAAGGCAGCACUAGGUGUCAAGAUUAGUGCUCCUAACCUUGAAGGCGCUAUCGCUGGUUCCAGACUGAUGGUCGUCGGCCCCGAUGACGACGAGUCAGAUAUCGAAGAAGAGGUCCUUUCUGAUCUUGGUGCACUUUUCAAACGUGUUGAGAAAUCUGGAAGAGGUGUCACUGUACAAGCCUCAACCCUUGGAUCUCUCGAGGCCUUGCUCGAUUUCUUGAAGGUCUCCAAGAUUCCGGUAGCAAACGUUGGCAUUGGUCCAGUCUACAAGCGAGACGUGAUGAACUGCGGUACUAUGCUUGAGAAGAACAAGGAGUACGCUGUCAUGCUCUGUUUCGAUGUCAAGAUUGACAAAGAGGCACAACUUUACGCUGAUGAGCAAGGUAUCAAGAUCUUCACUGCUGACAUCAUUUACCAUCUCUUUGAUGCCUUCACCAAGCACAUGGCGCUUAUCGCAGAGAAGAAGAAGGAAGAGUCCAAGCUCGACGCCGUGUUCCCCUGUGUUCUCAAUACUGUCGCUGUGUUCAACAAGACUGGUCCUAUCGUCAUCGGUGUCGAUGUCGUCGAAGGUAAUUUGCGUAUGCACACUCCGAUUGCAGCAGUCAAGCAGAAUGCAGUGACUGGUGUCAAAGAGAUUAUCAGCUUAGGCAGAGUUACCAGCAUUGAGCGUGAUCACAAGCAAGUCCAGAUCUGUAAGAAGGGCCAACCAUCCGUGGCAGUCAAGAUUGAGAUGGGCGGCCAUCAACCCACUUACGGACGACAUCUCGAGGACAAAGAUUCGCUUUACUCGCUCAUUUCUCGGAAGAGUAUUGAUACCCUUAAGGAGUUCUAUAGGUCAGACGUCAGCAAUGAUGAAUGGUUACUCAUCAAGAAGCUGAAGCCGCUAUUUGACAUUCCUUAGGUGGUAUCUCGGCUUAUGGGGUUGAUGACGUUGGGCAGGUAAUGCGUGAUGAUUGAUGGGGUGGGGCGGGGGAGUUUGUAUUGCAUAGCAUUUGGACGACAGAUCAUUUUUCUUCGUGCCUUCCUCGUGUUGGAUUGUUUAGCAUUGCAUGGCAUUGCAAAAGUUGUAGAUAGAACAGAAUACAAAAACUACAAUAUCCUUAAGCCACCUAG